AGCUAGGUGCUUGAUGCUUCCUGGCCUUACUUUUCCCAGAACCAAGUGAUAUGUUAAAUGGGAUCACGUGACCUGUUCCUGUUCCUCCUAGCAGGCUCUCCAAACUCAGUUUGGAAGGGACGGAUCUGUUAUCCGGAACCCUUCUUUCCCAGGUAAAAGAUCUCUGCCCUAUGUCUUUAGAAUGAGUUCUCAAAGAAGCCACCAAUAGGGUGGCUGGCAGGUCAGGCAGUUGAAGGUGUAGGGAAUGUAUUUGGACUGAUUGCUGAUUUUCAACUCUGAGGAAGAUGUGUAGGCAUAGGAGCACACACCUCUUGGGCAUCAGCUUCUUGUUGCAUCAGUGAACCCUGUAAGGGAUGCAUGACCUACGCUAUGCCCAACUGACGAAGUCGUUACUCAUGUAUACCAGGACCAGGUGCUGUCGUGUCCACUUCAACUCUUGCCAACCAUAUGUGUCAGAGUAGAAUUGUUUUCCAUGGGGUUUUCAGACCAUGAUCUUUGGGAAGCAGAUUGCUGGGCCUUACUUCUGAGGUGCUUCUGGGUAGGCUCGAACCUCCAGACUUUGGGCUGUAGAGCCAAGUGCAUUAGUUGUUGGCACCACCCAGAGCCUCCUCGUUGUACAGCCAUCCAGUAAGGUAUUUGUCACCGUGGCCUCCAUUUUAGUGAUGAAGAAGGUGUGUUCUGAGUGUUUUAGCUCAACUACUUGCCACAAUUACAGGGCUAAGAGGUGGCAGAGCUAGGGGAAGCCCAGGCCCCUGAGGAAACCCUAACAUGGUGGCUCUCUAAGUGGGAUUCCUGGGCCAGCAGCGUCAGCAUCACCUGGAGACUGGUUAGAAAUGCACAUUCUCAAGCCUUACCCCAGACCUGCUGAAUCAGAAGCUCAGGGGGUGGGCCCCGUUACCUGGGUUUUAAGAUGCCUCCAGGUGGCUGUGAGGCCUGUGCGAGGUGAGGCCUUGCUCGGAAAUGGUCUGGGCUGUGGUUGGCAGCCAGGAGCCUUGCAACUGGUGUGUAGAGUGGGAGAUGAGCUUUGGGGGAGAGAAAAGGGCAAGACCAAGCUAAAAAGCAGACAGCUGAGAAAGAUAAAAGCUGACAAGGGAGGAAGAUCGAGGGAGAAAGGCAGGCUGGUUCCUGUUGCAGUAACAAACACUCCAGAUGCUCAGCCACAAGAGGUUUCUAAACUGCAGCCACUGGCGCACUGUUUCAGGGAGUAUUUGGUACAGCAAAUUCCAGAACAGAAAAACAGUUUGGGCUGUUGUUUGGGUAUGAUUAGUCCCAAAUGAGGGAUGGGGAGAUUAGGGGUAGAACACAGUUCCUCCACAGUGUUGGCUCGAGCAUCCUGUGAUGGCUACAAAGCCCUUCCUGUGACUGUCUUAGGUAAGGAGAGGCUUUUUUUUUUUUUUUUUAAACUUAAUAAAGUGAAAUAAUUCGCAGAGUUAAAAUAGCUUUUACCUCUUUUGAAACAUUAGUUGUACCUGGUAUUUGAAGAGGGUUCUGUGUGUGCAUGCCUUUUUUAGGGUCUGGGGUUGAGAAGGGAUUUCUAAUGGAUUCGUGGUUCCCGGGUAGAUGAUGUUUUUGCCUUCUUAAUAGCCUCACCUCAGCAUUUUAUCUACCAAGUAAGAAAACUUUUUAUUUAGAAGAAUUCAAAUCGUAUAGAAAAGUAAGACACAUUGCAGUGGUUCUCAAACUUUUUAGUCUUGGAACCGCGGAGUAAUCUUAAAAAUCAAUGAGGGCCCAAAUGAUAGUUUUAAAAAUGUGGAUUACGUCUAUCAGUAUUUACUGUAUUAGAUAUGAAAAGAAUCUUCACAUGUCAUGAAGCCCUGGAAAUUCCACUGUGUACCUGGGAGAGAAUGAGAGUGAAAAGGGGAGAGAGUGUUUUAGUAGUUUAUGAAAAUGAUUUUGAUUUUGUGCCCCUCCCCAAAAGGUCUGGAUCCCCGGACCACACUUUGAGAGCUGCUGAUACAAAUGAAUCUAUGAAAAGUAGACUUCGUAAACCUAACACAAUAUUGUUAUCACAUAUAAAUAAACAAUUUCUUCACACUAUCAGAUGUCCACCAAACAUUCAAAUUUCCAGUUGUCUAAUAAUGUCAUAAUUUAUUUUUAUAAAUUUUUACUUAAAAUCUUAAUAAUCCGUAUUUCGUUUGGUUAACAUGUCUCUUGAGAAUCUACUAAUAUGUAGAAUCCUUACAGUUUAUUUGUUAAAGAAACUGAUAGUUUGGUGGUGGUUGUAUGCUUUUUGUCCCGGGGAGUUGCCUGCAGUCCGAAUUUUGCCGAUUGUGUCUAUUUAUCAUUUCACAGUCUGCUGUCUGCCCAGGUUUUUCCUAUCAUCCUUGAGUUCUGUUUGUACAAUGUGAGCUCUCUUCCAGACAACACUUUGUGAGCGUUCGCUGUUUGGGAAGUGAGCCACGUGAGUGCUACGGUGGCAGUCAGCUCCAUUUCCUGUAGGUGUCCCAGAGAGUGUUGGCGAAGAAUAUUGAAUAUACCAUGGACUGCCAGAAGAAUGAACAAAUCUGUCUUGGAAAAAGUACAGCCAGAAUGCUCCUUAGAAGUGAAGGUGGCAAGACUUUGCCUCACGUACUUUGAACAUGUUAUCAGGAGGGACCAGUCGCUGGAGAAGGACAUGAUGCUUGGUAAAGUAGAGGAUGGGAAUGACUGGUAGCUCGAGUCCCUUUGGACAACCCUUUAGUCAAACUGGAGGGCAGCAAAUGGGCGCCACUGGAGUGAACCCCCAGCUGUCCAACAAGCAGAGCAUGGUUAACAGCUUGCCUCCCUUCCCUACAGACAUCAAGAAUGCAUCCGUCACCAACGUGCCAAACAUGUCUCAGAUGCAAACGUCAGUGGGAAUUGUAUCAACACAAGCAAUUGCAACAGGCCCCACUGCCGACCCGGAGAAACGUAAACUGAUACAACAGCAGCUGGUUCUACUGCUCCAUGCCCACAAAUGUCAGCGGCGAGAGCAAGCCAACGGCGAGGUCCGGCCCUGCUCCCUCCCCCACUGUCGAACCAUGAAAAACGUUCUGAAUCACAUGACACAUUGCCAGGCUGGGAAAGCCUGUCAAGUUGCCCAUUGUGCAUCUUCACGACAAAUCAUCUCUCAUUGGAAGAACUGCACACGACAUGACUGUCCUGUUUGCCUCCCUUUGAAAAAUGCCAGUGACAAGCGAAACCAACAAACCAUCCUGGGGUCUCCAACUAGUGGAAUUCAGAAUACAAUUGGUUCUGUUGGCACGGGUCAGCAGAAUGCCACUGCUUUAAGUAACCCAAACCCCAUAGACCCCAGCUCCAUGCAACGGGCAUACGCUGCGCUUGGACUGCCCUACAUGAACCAGCCCCAGACACAGCUGCAGCCUCAGGUUCCCGGCCAGCAACCAGCACAGCCUCAAACUCACCAGCAGAUGAGGACGAUCAACCCCCUGGGAACUAACCCAGUGAACAUUCCAGCAGGAGGAAUAACAACAGAUCAGCAGCCACCAAACUUGAUUUCAGAGUCAGCUCUUCCAGCUUCCCUUGGAGCCACAAACCCACUAAUGAAUGACGGCUCAAACUCUGGAAACAUUGGAACCCUCAGCACUAUCCCAACAGCAGCACCGCCUUCCAGCACUGGCAUUCGGAAAGGCUGGCAUGAACACGUCACUCAGGACCUGCGUAGCCAUCUAGUGCAUAAACUCGUCCAAGCCAUCUUUCCAACCCCUGAUCCAGCAGCACUGAAGGAUCGCCGCAUGGAGAACCUGGUAGCCUAUGCUAAGAAAGUGGAAGGGGACAUGUAUGAGUCUGCUAACAGCCGGGAUGAAUACUAUCAUUUACUGGCAGAGAAAAUCUACAAGAUUCAAAAGGAACUAGAAGAAAAGCGGAGGUCACGUUUACAUAAGCAAGGCAUCUUGGGUAACCAGCCAGCCCUACCAGCCCCAGGGGCUCAGCCCCCCGGGAUUCCGCCAGGGCAGCCCGUGCGACCUCCAAAUGGACCUAUGGCCCUGCCAGUGAACCGCAUGCAGGUCUCACAAGGGAUGAAUUCGUUUAACCCAAUGUCCUUGGGGAAUGUGCAGUUGCCACAAGCCACCAUGGGACCACGGGCAGCCUCCCCCAUGAACCACUCUGUCCAGAUGAACAGCAUGGGCUCGGUUCCAGGGGUGGCCAUCUCGCCUUCCCGAAUGCCCCAGCCCCCGAGCAUGAUGGGUGCGCACACCAACAACAUGAUGGCCCAGGCGCCCCCGCAGAGCCAGUUCCUGCCUCAGAACCAGUUCCCGUCGUCCAGUGGGGCAAUGAGUGUGAACAGCGUGAGCCUGGGUCAGCCGGCCACACAGACGGGAGUGUCACAGGUGCCUGGGGCUGCUCUUCCUAACCCUCUAAACAUGCUGGGGCCACAGGCUGGCCAACUGCCUUGUCCACCAGUAACACAGUCACCUUUGCACCAGACGCCCCCUCCUUCCUCCACAGCUGCUGGCAUGUCAUCUCUGCAGCAUCCGACACCGCCUGGGAUGACCCCUCCCCAGCCAGCAGCCCCCACUCAACCAUCAACUCCUGUGUCGUCUUCAGGGCAGACGCCCACCCCCACCCCCGGUUCAGUGCCCAGUGCCACCCAGACACAGAGCACCCCAACAGUUCAGGCCACAGCCCCAGCCCAGGUGACCCCACAACCUCCUACCCCCGUGCAGCCCCCGUCAGUGCCCACCCCACAGUCAUCUCAGCAGCAGCCAACGUCUGUGCAUGCCCAGCCUCCAGGCACACCGCUUUCCCAGCCAGCAGCUAGCAUUGAUAACAGGGUCCCCACCCCAUCCUCAGUGGCCAGCACUGAAACUGUUUCCCAGCAGCAAGGACCCGAUGUGCCUGUGCUCGAAAUGAAAGCAGAGGUCAAGACUGAGGAGCCCGAGCCCGAGCCUCGUGAUCCUAAAGGGGAGGCCAGGUCUGAGAUAAUGGAGGAGGAUUUACAAGGAUCUUCCCAAAUUAAAGAAGAAACAGACACAACAGAGCAGAAAUCAGAGCCAAUGGAAGUGGAUGAAAAGAAACCUGAAGUCAAAGUGGAGGCUAAAGAGGAAGAAGAGAACGGUGCUAAUGGAACAGCCACCCAGUCAACAUCGCCUUCGCAGCCACGCAAAAAAAUCUUCAAGCCUGAGGAGUUACGCCAGGCUCUUAUGCCAACUCUGGAAGCGCUGUAUCGACAGGACCCAGAGUCCUUGCCUUUUCGGCAGCCCGUGGAUCCUCAGCUCCUAGGAAUUCCCGAUUAUUUUGACAUUGUGAAGAAUCCCAUGGACCUUUCCACCAUCAAGCGAAAGCUGGAUACAGGGCAGUACCAGGAGCCCUGGCAAUAUGUGGACGAUGUCUGGCUCAUGUUUAACAAUGCCUGGCUCUACAAUCGGAAGACAUCCCGGGUUUAUAAGUUUUGCAGCAAACUCGCUGAGGUCUUUGAACAAGAAAUUGACCCUGUUAUGCAGUCCCUUGGAUAUUGCUGUGGACGCAAGUAUGAGUUUUCCCCACAGACUUUGUGCUGCUACGGGAAGCAGUUGUGUACAAUUCCUCGAGACGCUGCCUACUACAGCUACCAGAAUAGGUAUCAUUUCUGUGAGAAGUGUUUCACAGAGAUCCAGGGGGAGAAUGUUACCCUGGGUGACGACCCUUCACAGCCCCAGACGACAAUUUCAAAGGAUCAGUUUGAAAAGAAGAAAAAUGACACCUUAGACCCUGAACCGUUUGUGGAUUGCAAGGAGUGUGCCCGGAAAAUGCAUCAGAUUUGUGUGCUACACUAUGACAUCAUCUGGCCCUCGGGCUUUGUAUGCGACAACUGCUUGAAGAAAACUGGUAGAACUCGAAAAGAAAACAAAUUCAGCGCGAAGAGGUUGCAGACGACACGAUUGGGUAACCACUUGGAAGACCGUGUGAACAAGUUUUUGCGGCGACAGAAUCACCCCGAAGCUGGGGAGGUUUUUGUCAGAGUGGUGGCGAGCUCGGAUAAGACUGUGGAGGUCAAGCCAGGCAUGAAGUCGCGGUUUGUGGAUUCCGGAGAAAUGUCCGAAUCUUUCCCAUACCGAACCAAAGCGCUCUUUGCUUUUGAGGAAAUUGACGGUGUGGACGUGUGCUUUUUUGGAAUGCAUGUCCAGGAGUAUGGUUCUGACUGCCCCCCUCCAAACACAAGGCGAGUGUACAUAUCUUACCUGGAUAGCAUCCACUUCUUCCGGCCCCGCUGCCUCCGAACAGCCGUGUACCACGAAAUCCUCAUUGGAUAUCUCGAAUAUGUGAAGAAACUGGGGUACGUGACGGGCCAUAUCUGGGCCUGUCCCCCAAGCGAAGGAGAUGACUACAUCUUCCAUUGCCACCCCCCUGAUCAGAAAAUCCCGAAGCCAAAACGACUGCAGGAGUGGUACAAAAAGAUGCUGGACAAGGCAUUUGCAGAGCGGAUCAUUCACGACUACAAGGACAUUUUCAAACAAGCGACAGAGGACAGGCUCACAAGUGCCAAGGAGCUGCCCUAUUUUGAAGGUGAUUUCUGGCCCAAUGUCUUGGAAGAGAGCAUUAAGGAGCUUGAACAAGAAGAAGAAGAGCGGAAAAAGGAAGAAAGCACAGCCGCAAGCGAAACCCCCGAGGGCAGCCAGGGAGACAGCAAGAAUGCCAAGAAAAAGAACAACAAGAAAACCAAUAAGAACAAGAGCAGCAUCAGCCGAGCCAACAAGAAGAAGCCUAGUAUGCCUAAUGUCUCCAACGAUCUAUCGCAAAAGCUGUAUGCCACCAUGGAGAAGCACAAAGAGGUCUUCUUUGUGAUCCAUCUCCAUGCGGGGCCAGUAAUCAACACCCUGCCCCCCAUCGUGGACCCCGACGCCCUGCUUAGCUGCGACCUCAUGGAUGGGCGCGAUGCCUUCCUCACACUGGCCAGGGACAAGCACUGGGAAUUCUCAUCUCUGCGCCGCUCCCGCUGGGCGACACUCUGCAUGCUGGUGGAGCUACACACCCAGGGCCAGGACCGCUUUGUCUACACCUGCAACGAGUGCAAGCACCAUGUAGAGACGCGCUGGCACUGCACCGUGUGUGAGGACUAUGACCUAUGCAUCAACUGCUACAACACCAAGAGCCACAGCCACAAGAUGGUCAAGUGGGGGCUGGGCCUGGACGACGAGGGCAGCAGCCAGGGCGAGCCACAGUCUAAGAGCCCGCAGGAGUCUCGGCGCCUGAGCAUCCAGCGCUGCAUCCAGUCGCUGGUGCAUGCCUGCCAGUGCCGAAAUGCCAACUGCUCGCUGCCAUCCUGCCAGAAGAUGAAGCGGGUGGUGCAGCACACCAAGGGCUGUAAGCGCAAAACCAAUGGUGGCUGCCCCGUCUGCAAGCAGCUCAUCGCCCUCUGCUGCUAUCAUGCCAAACACUGCCAAGAGAACAAAUGCCCUGUGCCCUUCUGCCUCAACAUCAAACACAAGCUCCGCCAGCAGCAGAUCCAGCACCGCCUGCAGCAGGCCCAGCUCAUGCGCCGGCGAAUGGCCACCAUGAACACCCGCAACGUGCCUCAGCAGAGCCUGCCUUCUCCUACCUCAGCACCGCCCAGCACCCCUACUCAGCAGCCCAGCACGCCCCAGACACCACAGCCCCCAGUUCAGCCUCAGCCCUCUCCUGUGAACAUGUCACCAGCUGGCUUCCCUAGUGUGGCCCGGACUCAGCCCCCUACGACGGUGUCCACGGGGAAGCCCACCACCCAGGUGCCGGCCCCCGCGCCACCUGCCCAGCCCCCACCAGCGGCAGUGGAGGCUGCUCGGCAGAUCGAGCGCGAGGCCCAGCAGCAGCAGCACCUGUACCGCGUCAACAUCAACAACAGCAUGCCCCCAGGGCGCACGGGCAUGGUGACCCCAGUGAGCCAGAUGGCCCCCGUGGGCUUGAAUGUGUCACGCCCCAGCCAGGUCAGCGGGCCUGUCCUAUCCAACAUCCCACCGGGCCAGUGGCAGCAGGGGCCCAUGCCUCCACAGCAGCAGAUGCCAGGCAUGCCAAGGCCGGUGAUGUCCAUGCCAACACAGCCGGCUGUGGCUGGGCCACGCAUGCCUAGCGUGCAGCCGCCCCGGAGCAUCUCACCCAGUGCCCUGCAAGACCUGCUGCGAACCCUGAAGUCGCCCAGCUCCCCUCAGCAGCAGCAACAGGUGCUGAACAUCCUCAAGUCCAACCCGCAGCUCAUGGCCGCCUUCAUCAAGCAGCGCACGGCCAAGUAUGUGGCCAGCCAGCCUGGCCUGCAGCCUCAGCCUGGCCUGCAGUCCCAGCCCAGCAUGCACUCUCAGACCAGCCUGCAGAACCUGAAUGCCAUGCAGGCCAGCGUGCCGCGGCCCGGUGUGCCGCCACCGCAGCAAGCCAUGGGAAGCCUGAACCCCCAGGGCCAGGCGCUGAACGUCAUGAACCCAGGGCACAACCCCAACAUGACGAGCAUGAAUCCGCAGUACAGGGAGAUGCUGAGGAGGCAGCUGCUUCAGCAGCAGCAGCAGCAACAGCAGCAGCAGCAGCAGCAGCAGCAGCAGCAACAGCAGCAGCAGCAGCAGCAGCAGCAGCAGCAACAGCAGCAGCAGCAGCAGCAGCAACAGCAGCAGCAGCAGCAGGGGAGUGCGGGCAUGGCCGGGCAUGGCCAGUUCCAGCAGCCGCAGGGAUCUGGAGGCUACCCCCCAGCCCUGCAGCCACAGCGGAUGCCACAGCACCUCCCCAUCCAGGGCAGCUCCAUGGGCCAGAUGGCAGCUCAGAUGGGGCAGCUGGGACAGCCGGGGCUGGGCGCAGACAGCACCCCCAACAUCCAGCAGGCCCUGCAGCAGCGGAUUCUGCAGCAGCAGCAGAUGAAGCAGCAGCUUGGGUCCCCAGGCCAGCCGAACCCCAUGAGUCCCCAGCAGCACAUGCUCUCAGGACAGCCACAGGCUUCUCACCUCCCUGGCCAGCAGAUGGCCACGUCCCUCAGUAACCAGGUGCGUUCUCCGGCCCCUGUCCAGUCUCCGCGGCCCCAGUCCCAGCCACCACAUUCCAGCCCGUCACCACGGAUACAGCCCCAGCCUUCGCCUCACCAUGUCUCCCCCCAGACUGGCUCCCCCCACCCCGGACUCGCCGUCACCAUGGCCAGCUCCAUAGAUCAGGGACACCUGGGGAACCCCGAACAAAGUGCAAUGCUUCCACAGCUGAACACCCCCACCAGGAAUGCGCUGUCCAGUGAGCUGUCCCUGGUUGGGGACACCACGGGGGACACACUGGAAAAGUUUGUGGAGGGUUUGUAGCAUCGUGAGAGCAUCGCUUUGUUCCCUUUCGUGUUCUUGGACCUCUUGUACUGAAAACCCAGGCAUCUAGGUUCUUUUCUUCCUAGAUGGAACUGCUACUUCCAAGCCGUGGAAGGGCGGAUUGCUGUUUAAAGAAACAAUACAAAGAAUAUAUUUUUUUGUUAAAAACCAGUUGAUUUAAAUAUCUGGUCUCUCUCUGUUUUUUGUUUUUGCUUUUGUUUUUUUGUUAUGUUUUUGGGGGAGGGGGGUUUUGUUUGGAUUCUUUUGUCGUCAUUGCUGGUGACUCAUGCCUUUUUUAAAUGGGAAAAAAACAAUUUCAUUAUAUUCAUAUUUUUUAUUUGUAUUUUGAAGACUUUAAGCAUUUAUGUUUAAAAGUGAGAAGAAAAAAUAAUAUUCAGAAACUGAUUCCUGAAAUAAUGCAAGCUUAUAAUGUAUCCCGAUAACUUUCUGACGUUGCGGGAUGAUUUUUUUCUAUAGUGAACUCUGUGGGCGUUCUCCAAGUAUUACCCUGGACGAUAGGAACUGACUCCUGUGUGCACACACACCAACCCACACAUCUAUCUAUACAUGCUGGCCGAAGCCAAACUCUUGUCUUGCAGAUGUAGAAAUUGUUGCUUUGUUUCUCUGAUAAAACUGGUUUUAGAUAAAAAAUAGGGACGAUCACUCUCUUAGACCAUGCUAAUGUUACUAGGGAAGAAGCAUUCUUUUUUUUCUUCUGUGUGAAACUUGAAAUGAGGAAAGCAAUUCUAGUGUAAAUCAUGCAAGUGCUAUAAUUACUAUAAAUAAGAAAAUUCAAGAAGAUUCAAUCACUGUAUAGAAUGGUAACAUACCAACUCGUUUCUUAUAUCAUAUUGUUAAAUAAACUGUGUGCAACAGACAAAAAGGGUGGUCCUUCUUGAAUUCAUGUACAUGGUAUUAACACUUAGUGUUUGGGGUUUUUGUUAUGAAAAUGCUGUUUUCAACAUUGUAUUUGGACUAUGCAUGUGUUUUUCCCCCUUGUAUAUAAAGUACUGCUUAAAAUUGAUAUAAAUUACUGAAGUUUUUAA